AUGUCAUAUAAAAGUCACGAGGGUACUGGACCUGAUUCCAAAAUGUCAUAUAAAAGUCAGAAGGGUGCUGGACCUGAUUCCAAAAUGUUAUAUAAAAGUCAGAUAGGUGAUGGACCUGAUCCCAAAAUGUCAUAUAAAAGUCAGAAGGGUGCUGGACCUGAUCCAAACAUGUUAUAUAAAAGUCAGAAGUGUGCUGGACUUAAACCCAAAAUUUUAUAUAAAAGUCAGAAGGGUGCUGGACCUGAACCCAAAAUGUUAUAUAAAAGUCAGAAGUGUGCUGGACUUAAACCCAAAAUUUUAUAUAAAAGUCAGAAGGGUGCUGGACCUGAACCCAAAAUGUUAUAUAAAAGUCAAAAGGGUGCUGGACCUGAUCCCAAAAUGUUAUAUAAAAGUCAGAUAGGUGAUGGACCUGAUCCCAAAAUGUCAUAUAAAAGUCAGAAGGGUGCUGGACCUGAUCCCAAAAUGUUAUAUAAAAGUCAGAAGUGUGCUGGACUUAAACCCAAAAUGUUAUAUAAAAGUCAGAAGGGUGCGUGCUGGACCUGA